CGAGUCUAUUUUCAUGAGGGAUAUCAAUAACAUAUAUACGGAUGAGUUUUAACUUUUUGUUCCAUAUCCAAAUAUUCUGUGAAAAUAAGUGGCAAUAGCCAAAUAUUUCUUAUCGAAUUUAUUUGUUUCUAGUGAACUGCAUAACUCAUUUUUGUACGGAAAGGACUACACUUUACUAUCGAAAACUUAUAUGCACUUAGCAUAUCUUCGUUGGACGUUUCCCAGUUAUAACUCGCUGAACAUAAACAUUUGAUAUUUCAUUGUGUGCUUAAAAUCUUGAAGUGAGUGUGUAAAUUUUAAUAAAGCAAGCAAAUUGGAAAAUGGAAAAUAAGGAAAGUGUAACUUGCUGUCAUGCACAAAAUAACAAUGAUUUUACACGAGCAAACCACACGCGCAUAUUUAUCUGCCCUACAACGGGUGGAAAACUUGAACUCAAAGUGUCCGGAAACGAAACUGUGCAAGGACUGAAGUACUUUAUUUCAAGAAAACUACGUAUACAACAUGAGCGGAUCAAGUUACUGCAUAGAAACAGAUUACUGAACCAUGGUACUCUAAGAGAAAAUAACAUAACAGAUAACAGUAAAAUUACUCUUAUACCGCAUUUAGAAAGUGGAUUAACAUUUCAGAAGGAUGAUUCCAAUGUUUUAAAAGCUUUAGAAAGUUUAACUGAUUCUCAGGUAAAUGAUUUCCUGUCUGGUAAAGCUCCAUUAGUGCUGGGAAUGAGAGUGGCUGACCACAUUGUGUUCAUACAACUCCAACUAUCAACGUACCAAAGUCGUAGACAUCACCGUCCAGCUCCUGUUAAAGUCCCAUCUAAUCCUCCUGUCAAAGAUCAUCAAGAAGUUCCCUCACCGACAACUACUACUCCUGAUCAUAACAGCUUCACAAAUUACAGACAAUAUGAACACUGUGUCAAGAAUACAGAUUUACCAUCAAAUCAUCCAGCCUCAUUACCAUCAUCACAACAUAACUCGGGGGCAGUUAUUCACAGAAUGCAACAUCUAGGCCAAGGCAUAUACUCAGGGACAUUUUCAGGUGUUUUAGACCCUUCUGUUCAAGAGAAAGAUGGGCAGCCAAGACGUAAUAUAAGUACCAUAGCAAAUAUAUUGAAUGAUCUGUUAGGAGCAUCUCCAAACAUAGAUAUAGCUAGGGCUGGUUCUUUAAGAGACCAGUUAAAUAAGACUACCUCAAAGACUCAAGACACAGUUCAACAAGAGGAUGUUGUAAAAGAUGACCCAGUACUGAGAGAAAAAGUGGAACAGCUACAAAGAAUGAUGGGAGAUAGAAAGAAGAGAAGACAAAAUAGAAGACAAACUAUUGCACCUUACAUCAUAGAAUCAACACACCAGGAGAAUAAAGAAAGCAUUUGUGAAACCGCAGACAUUAUCACAACAAAAGAAUCGGAAACUUUAGCUGUCUGAACAGUUCACAACUUUAAAGUUGGUUUUCCCCAUGAAACUGACAUAACUUUUGUUAUUUUCAGUAAAUUCUGACUUUAGAAUUUGUCAGUUUUUCAAAACCAGUGGUUGUUGUAUUCAGUGGGUUAUAAUAUUACAUAAGAGGUUACCAAUGGUAACUGAUGACAAGAAAGCCAAAGAAAGAGCAUGGUCUGUCAUGCAAAAGUAUCAAUGUUUGCUGUGAUUUUUCAGAGUCAUUAACUGGUUGAAAUUAGUUUUGGUUAAGAACUCUUGACUGGUGUUUACAUUUUGUAUAUAUAUUUAUUUGUAUGCAAUCGAGCCAAGAAAGAUAACUCCAGUCCAAUUUAUGCCCUGUCAGAACAAUUUAUUUUCUUUUUUAUUCAAUAGGAAGUUUGCCUUUUUUUUAAAUUUUUAAUAAAGACAACAUUAACAUGGUUAUUUUUCUUUUAUGUAUUCAUGAUUCUUCAAUUAACAUAAGCAGUUAAAUUUACUCAACACAAACUACUUUAAUUCUAUAUUCAUAGCAUUCAUUUGUUAUGCAUUCAAGAUAAAAAGAGUAUUUGUUAAAAAUAAUUUUAUCACAUUUUUUUUUUUAAUUUUACAAUCAUUAUUGUGUGAAUAAGCAUUUCAAACUUUUUACUCCACCCAAAAAGAACCAUAUAUGGUGUUUCUGUAAUUUGUUAUUUCUGGUACCUAUAUUUUUAUUGUAAGUGCAUUCAGAUUCUAAUGUACAUGUAUGUUGUCUAAGUGUUAGUACUUCAUGUCUUGUGAAUUUUAUUUCUGGUAAACAAUUCAUAUAAUUCUAUUUUAUUACCAUAAGAUAUAAGUUGCUUCCUUGACCAAUUAAAUAGUUCAAGAUGGAACAAUUUUAUACACAGCUGUUGAAGGUUCAUACAGUAUAUUGUGAUUGUGUCACACAUUGUAGACAAAAAAUAGCUUCACAAGCAUAUGUUUUUUCCAACAGGCUGUUUAUAUUAAACCUUGACAGCAAUAAUGACAUGCAUUGAAUGAUAAUUAACAAGAAAAAUAAAGUUUUUGUAAUUUAAUGAUUUUAAAACAGUAUGUCAGGUUUAAACUGAAUUAUAUGUAUUGGUUUUAUCUUUAAUCAUGUAAAAACAUAGGACUUUAAUGCAAAGACAGUUUGAAUCGCCUGCCUUUGAUGGUAUCAUUAGGCCAGUAUUGUUUUUUAUAUAACUCGGUCUGUUUAUCGGACUUAGCUUUUGUUGUUUUAUCUAUGCACUGACAUGAAAUAUUUCUGCCACCUCUGUAAAAUUUAAGACCUAGUCUGGCUACUUCAGCAUCUUGCUCUGGUAUUAUUUGUGUAUUUAUUAGGAAAAUUAAGGCUUGAAUAUAAGACUGUUUUAGAAGGACCAGUAGUUCAAGUUAACUGUGAUCCCAUAUAGCUAGGUUAUAUGGAAUACAUUUAAAUGAGCUUAAAAUUGUCAAAAUUUAAGAUUCCAGAUGGUAGAAGAAAGAUAAAUGCUAUAACUCCUAAAAUGUAUACAAGAUCAACUACACAUCACUGCCAUCAGCAAAAGUUUAGACAAUAUCAGUUAAAAUCCUAUUGCAUAUGAUCAUAAAAUGAUCACACAGUAGGAAAAAUAUAGACUGCUACUUUGUUCAGAUAUUGUGUUGGGUAUAUAUUAGGCAAAAAAACACCAAACGAAUCUUAUAAUUGACAUUGUUCUGUUUUCUCAGAAUACUUGUGCUGUGUAGUUUGAUAAUGCAAUCAGACUAGGUCUUUUUCCUGUAGCCAAAACAAAUGACUUGUUCACAUUAAUUAAGAUUGUGUAUAAAGAUAAUGUAUUAGCUUUAAGAGAGUGAAUUAUUAUACGAGGGGAAAGUUUGCUACCAUUAUACGCUCAUUUUAAUUACAUCUACGGGAAAUAUUUAUAAUAUUUGUAUAUAUAUAUGGAUGUUGUGAUAAUUAAAAUAUAACAAUGUGCAAUGUAAAAAUCAUACUGUGAUACACAGAAUAUGAAUAAGAUAGAGAAUUCUAACCCAGCAAUACAUGGUCUAGUAAACAUACAACUAACAAUAACAAUGUCAAUCUAAAUGCAUUCUAAGAAUGUGUAUUCACAGAAUUUUUAUAACUUAUAUUUAUGACGUUUUUAUAUCAAAAAACAAUACUGUAAAUUCAGAAAUUAUUGCGUGCAUUUAUUAUUGCGAUUUGGUCAUUUUACACUGAAAUACGAUUUUAAUUUUUGCGAUAUUGUUAAAAAUCAUGUUUCAUUGAUAUAAAAUAUGAAUAAAUGCGACUUCAAAUUAUUGCGAUCAUAACCCUAUCGCAUUUUUCGCAAUAAUAAAAACAUCGCAAUAAUUUUUGAAUUUACAGUAAUUGUAGGUUUGCUAGACUAAAAUUUUCCUUAUAUCUUUAUUGUUGACAGAAUGUAGAUCAUUUAUAGCCUAACUUAUUGUUCCUAUUAUAUUAUAAAUUAAAUGUUGUUCUGUGGGCUUAAUAUAAAUUAAUAUUUUUAAUUUAAUAAACCUUUUACUCUUUA